AAUCUCAUUUUGAGGGUCGAAGUUCCAUUCAAAGAGUGAAAGCUCAUUGAAAUUUCAGUCACUUGUAAAUUACUGGGAACCAUUAGAGUGAGGUUCCGAGCAAUGUACAUGAAUAUUCAGCUCCAAUAGACACACCCCAAGAGAAACUUGAUAAAUUGCUCGCAAGAAAACUUCCAUUUCACGCCCAUUCAUAGUCUAAUUAAAACACCAAACUCCGCGAUGGGAAGCAAUUUUGUUCAAGGAGAAGCCAGUCACAUAGUCAGUUUUGAUGAAAACCAAGAAGACUACUUCAACAAUAUAGACCACUCUCUGCCCAGACUCCCCUCAAGGUCAGGAAGCGAAGCCACGAUAGUAAGUCAUCAUCAAGAAGUGGUCAACGAUGGCCUCAAUAUAGACCACUUUUUGUCCAGACGCACCUCAAGGCUAGGAAGCGAGUCCGAGAUAGAAAGCCAUCAUCAAGAAGGGGUCAACGAGGGCCACCUAGCGAUGAUGAGAAACAGGAUCUCCCAGAUCGCCCCAUCAUUACGAAGAGAACCCGCCGCCGGUGAAAACCCUUGCAUCUUCAGGCUUCCGCAGAGGUUCAAGAACAUCAACGGAAAGUCGUACGAGCCCCGGAUGGUCUCCAUCGGGCCCUACCACCGUGGCAAGGCUCACCUCCAGAUAAUGGAGCAUCACAAGUGGCAGUGCCUCGCCUACUUUCUCAAGAGGCCCGAAGAUCUAAAGCUCUACAUGGAAAACUUAGUUCCACUUGAAAUGAAAGCCAGAGAGUGUUAUUCCGAAACCAUCAAUUACCUCACUACAAGUGAGUUCCUCGAAAUGAUGGUUCUUGAUGGUUGUUUUAUUUUAGAAUUGCUUCGCUUCCUUUACUUGGUGGAAAUCGAAGAAUUAGGGGAAGUGAGCCACCCUCUUGCCCGGAUGGGGAGGGUAAAAUUGUUGAAGAUAUAUGGGGACUUGCUCUUGCUCGAGAAUCAGAUCCCGUCUUUUGUUCUGCAACGGUUAUUUCAACAUUCCAAGAUGACCUGGUAUUGGGGGUAUACAGAGCGGCCCUUGUCCUUUAUCGGCAUAAAUGUUUUUUCAGCGAUACUGGGAAUUCAAUACUCCGGAGACAAGUCUCGGUUCAACGGGAGUUUCUUGCAUUUACUAGACCUGGUUCGGUCCAUUUUUAUUCCACCCGAUCAUGAAGCCAUGCUUCAGGAUCGUGAUGAUCAAGGAUUCCCACUAGAGUACUGGUACAGACCAUUCGAUACUAUUCCCAGUGUCUCGAAGCUCCGCCGUGCGGGGAUUAAGGUCAAUCCGCGUAAAGACUGCUUCUUGGUGGCUGAAUUCCGGAGCGGUGCGAUUGAAAUGCCAAAUAUAAUCCUCAACGACUUAAUGUGUUCUUUCUUGGUGAACUGCGUCGCAUUCGAGCAGUUCUACAACAACAGUUCCAAGCACUUUUCGGUCUACGCCCUUCUCUUGGACUGUCUUGUGAACACUGCCGGGGAUGUCGAGUACCUUUGCGACCGCCAUGUCAUUGACAAUUACAUUGGGACCGACGUCGAGGCUGCAAGCUUCAUCAACAUUUUGGGAAAGGACUUGACCUUUGAUAUUGAUUACAUUAAUUUGUGGAGCUUGUUCUUCAAUGUUAACGAGUAUUAUCAGAAUAGGCUCAAUAGGCAGUGGACGAGCUUCAAGCGUGAGUAUUUUAACAAGCCAUGGCUGUGGAUUUCAGCAUUGUUUGCCUUGGUGCUCUUCGUGCUUGCAUUUUUGCAGACCUUUUUUUCCAUCUAUGCUUAUGUACAUCCUAAAAACUAAACUAUUUGGGCUGAAAACAGAGGAGCCAAAAUAUCUAUGCAGAUUUUUUUAUUUUUUAUUUUUUUUUAGAAGGCUGAAAAUAUGGGUUGUAGUUAAUUUGUUGUAGCUUUUCGUUUGUUUAAGUAAAAAGAUGCUUAUUCAUUAUUAUUAUUCCAAAA